AAGCAGUGUGGAUAGCAGAUUAAUGUUUGGAGCAAACCAGAAGAUGGUAGAGGCACAAGUUGCCAGGAAGAAGGAAAAGUAUAUGAACAAUGAAGACAUUGCUCGUACUUUUCAGCUAUACAAAUCAGAAAAGGUUGGACUUAAGAUAGAUUUGGCUUUAGGGUCGUCACUAAAGGCAGUUGCACUGAAAUCAGCCUUGAAGUUAAAGGCAACUUGGCUUAUACUAGACAGGAAAAUGAAGAAUGAUGAGGAGUAUUUCCUCCAGAAGCUUUCGUGUGGUAUAUUAAGAGUAAGGCGUUUCAAUAAAAUUAUACGUUUAAGAGGACCACUACAUCUCCCCCAUGAAUCACGCCCCAGUACCAGCACUAAUGAAACAAACACUGACAGUAUCCCACUACCAGACAUUUCAACUGAACAUCUUUACCUCUUCAGCACUGACACUUCUCCCAACAGUAAAUACUCCUAUACUCUAAGACUUCAUCUCGUUGCAUGCACUCAUGAUAUUAACUGUCAUCUUUAUCACCUUCUAAACUUCUCAUUUCUGCAAUUCACAUGUGGGUUAACAUUAGCAUAAGUUUCCUCUUCCACUUGAAAAUAUAAGUAUGAGUCUAA